AUGGCCGCUAAGUACGGCCUAAUGCUACAUCAGAUGGACGUCAAGACAGCGUUUCUUAACGGCUCCCUCAACGAAGACAUCUACAUGGACCAGCCGGACGGAUACCUGGAUGCAACACAGCCGGACUAUGUGUGCAAGCUAAAGAGAUCACUCUACGGCUUGAAGCAAUCGCCUCGCAUGUGGAACCAAACAAUCGAUGGGUUCAUGAUCAAGAUGGGAUUCAAGAAGUGCGAAUCGGACCACUGCAUCUACAUCAAGCGAGACGACCAAGACAUGAUUCUCGUGGUGCUCUACGUCGAUGAUCUCAUCCUGGCCAGCAGCAACAACGAACUCCUCAAGUCAACCAAGAUGGCGCUGAGCAAACGCUUCGAAAUGACGGAUCUCGGUGAGCUCGAUUACUUUCUCGGCAUGGAGAUCAAGAACGACCGUAAGACGGGAAUGGUGACUGUACAACAAACCAAGUUUCUCAAGUCCGUGUUAACCAAGUUCGGAAUGGAUAACAGCAAGCCAGUGAAGACGCCUCAAGAUCCCGGCCUGAAGUUAACCAAGAACAUGUGUGAACAAGAAUGCAAGCACGAAGACACCAUGUGCAACGUGCCAUAUCGAAGUGCUGUCGGAGGCAUCAUGUAUCUCAUGGUCGCCACACGUCCGGAUCUAGCUGCUGCAGUGGGAUCAUUAUCCCAGUUCUCGUCCGACCCAUGCCCGACUCACUGGCAAGCUUUGAAGCGUGUGCUGAGAUACCUGCAAGCAACGCCCAAUCAUGGUCUUGAGUUUACACGUGAAGAAGGAAGCCGUAUCUGCGGGUACACCGACGCAGACUGGGCCGGCGACAUUGAGUCAAGACGAAGUACAAGCGGCUAUGUGUUCAUGAUGAGCGGAGGAUGCAUCAGCUGGAAAAGCCAGAAACAACGGACGGUCGCGCUAUCUUCAACAGAAGCAGAAUACAUGGCGCUUUCCGAAGCAACCAAAGAAGCAGUAUGUCUCAAAGUGCUUUUGGGGGAACUUGGUGAGAUGACAAGCGACGAAGCGAUCAAGAUGUAUGAAGACAACCAAGGAUCAAUCGCUCUCGCCAAGAACCCGGAGUUCCAUAAGAGAACAAAACACAUCGACAUACGCUACCAUUUCGUGCGUGAGAAGGUGGAAUCAGGUGAAGUCGUUUUGGAGUAUUGCCCGACUCAAGAUAUGCUGGCAGACAUGAUGACCAAGCCGAUCGCCGCUGUACAAUUUGAAAACAUUCGCGAUCGACUUGGGAUCCAAGGUGCCGCAGCUAACGAGUCGAGAGGGAGUGUUGAAAAGACAGCGGCUGUGAAGAAGACACCUCGUCAAGCUGCGUCAAGUGUUGAAGCAAGUGGAAGACCAAGCUUCGCUAUACCGGUGGGUACCGGUAUGUACCAGUAA